AUGGCAAAAGAGCUAUUAGAACUUCUGAUCACCGCCCGAGGCUGGGGUUAUAUUGUGAUAAUGCUUAUAGAAGGAAAGGUCAUCGAUCCUUUACAUGAUGUUAGCGCUGUAUAUAGGGUUACUAAUGUGCUCAGUCAUUUCGUAACCCUACGAUAUAUUAUUCCCGGGUCACUUUAUCGUGGCGCUUGUCAUGGUCUUCUCUUUCCUGAAACCGAGCCUGUCAUCUAG